AUGCCGCAAUUCAUGAGAGAUGCCGAUGAGUGUAUUCAGAAAAUGGGUUCAUUAGAAUUGCAAGAGCUCCUUUGUAAGAAGGACGACAUUAUUCGCCACUUGGAAGCCAAGCUCAAAGUUCGCGAUGACGAGAUCGUGGAGCUCAGGUCGCAACUGGAUAAAUUCCAGAGUGUUAUGCCGUACGCGACGGGCGCCUCGGCGGGAGGGGGCAAAAUGCAGGCCAGGAAGACCCGAGCCCAGGGCAUCUCCGCCGAGCCGCAGGCCAUGAAGACGGUGCAGGAGCUCAACGCCCUCAGCCAGACGACGUUCCCCGAGGUCCCCAAAUCCGCCAGCAUAGUGCAAUGGGCCCUCGGCAUGGUGCUUGCGUCGCAGCGGUUGUCAGCGCUCGAAUGUGUUAAAAAGCCAGAGGAAGGCUUUAGAUAG